GCUUUUUUUUUUUUUUUUUUUUCCUUUGCCGGAGUCGAGCGGGUGCUGCUAGCGGAGGCGCCAUAUUGGAAGGGACAAAACUCCGGCGACAGCGAGUGACACAAAUAAACCCCUGGACCCGUUCGUCCCCGCAGCAGUCAGGGCCGCGAUGUUGUACCUAGAAGACUAUUUGGAAAUGAUUGAGCAGCUGCCCAUGGACCUGCGGGACCGCUUCACCGAGAUGCGCGAGAUGGAUCUGCAGGUGCAGAAUGCAAUGGAUCAACUAGAACAAAGAGUCAGCGAAUUUUUUAUGAAUGCAAAGAAGAACAAACCUGAGUGGCGAGAAGAGCAGAUGGCAUCCAUCAAAAAAGACUACUAUAAGGCUUUGGAAGAUGCAGAUGAGAAAGUACAGUUGGCAAACCAAAUAUAUGAUUUGGUAGACCGCCACUUGAGAAAGCUGGAUCAGGAACUGGCAAAGUUUAAAAUGGAGCUUGAGGCUGAUAAUGCUGGGAUAACGGAAAUAUUAGAGAGGCGAUCUUUGGAAUUAGAUACUCCUUCUCAGCCAGUGAACAAUCACCAUGCUCAUUCACAUACUCCUGUGGAAAAAAGAAAAUAUAAUCCAACUUCUCAUCAUACAGCAACAGAUCAUAUCCCUGAAAAGAAAUUCAAAUCUGAAGCUCUUUUGUCCACCCUUACAUCUGAUGCUUCUAAGGAGAACACACUGAGUUGUCGAAAUAAUAAUUCCACAGCUUCCUCCAACAAUGCUUACAAUGUGAAUUCGUCCCAACCCCUGGCAUCCUAUAAUAUUGGCUCAUUGUCUUCAGGGACAGGUGCAGGGGCAAUCACCAUGGCAGCAGCUCAAGCAGUGCAAGCAACAGCACAGAUGAAAGAAGGACGAAGGACAUCAAGUUUAAAAGCCAGUUACGAGGCGUUUAAGAAUAAUGACUUUCAGCUGGGAAAGGAAUUUUCAAUGCCCAGAGAAACAGCUGGCUAUUCCUCCUCGUCGGCGCUCAUGACAACUUUAACACAGAACGCCAGUUCCUCAGCAGCUGAUUCACGAAGUGGCCGAAAGAGCAAAAACAACACCAAGUCUUCAAGCCAGCAGUCCUCCUCCUCCUCCUCCUCCUCUUCUUCCUUAUCUUUAUGUUCCUCAUCUUCAACUGUAGUCCAAGAAGUCUCCCAGCAGACAACAGUAGUGCCCGAGUCUGAUUCCAACAGUCAGGUUGACUGGACGUAUGACCCAAAUGAACCUCGAUAUUGCAUCUGUAAUCAGGUAUCCUACGGCGAGAUGGUGGGGUGUGAUAACCAAGAUUGUCCGAUAGAGUGGUUCCACUAUGGGUGUGUUGGCUUGACAGAGGCCCCAAAGGGGAAGUGGUACUGUCCACAGUGCACGGCCGCCAUGAAGAGAAGAGGCAGCCGGCACAAAUAGAGGCGCUUCCCUGGAGCGAGGAAGAGCUUCGGCUUGGCGUUUAUACGGGACUCUAGAAAGACAGACACGGGGAAGAAGAAGCAACUCAUUUCCAGGCAACCUUACAGGAUUUACAUAGACAAUUCUAUAAGACCUUGAACUUGAAUUUUAUGAGUUGUAUUUUAAUAAUGUAAGUAAAUUAUUUAUGCACUCCUGUGUGCUAUGAAUAUUAUUCCAGUUAGCCUUGGAUUAUUUCUGUGGCCAACAUACGCAGACAUUUGUACUCCUCAACCAUUUUCUCAAAGUAAUGGGCAUUCUAUAAUUUAAACUUCAGAGAAUUCCAACGAUGAAGAUUUUAAGAAAGUAUUUUGUAUUCAACAGGUAUAUUCUGCUGCAUGUACUGUACUCCAGAGCUGUUAUGUUACACUGUAUAUAAAUGGUUGGAAAAAAAAAAAAAACAAAAAAAAAAUUCAGUCCUUCUAAAAAGGAUUUAAGAUAAUGGUUUUUAAGAUGCCUGUAUAAUAAGCUUUGUUUCUUUGUGAAACUCAUUCAGCAGGCUGAAGGGAUUGGUUCAUGUGAUAAAGUGGGCUGGUGUCCUCUAGAGUACCUGGGUACAUAAACAGAAAGUCCUGUAGGUGAAACCUGAUUCGUGCCAUUAGUCUCUAUGUUCUGCAUCCCGAUAGAGUGCAGCUCAAGAGGGUGGGGGUGGGGGCCUACGGGGGAAAGGGCGUUAAAGUGAUACAUUUUUAUACCAAAUGUGUUUAUUUUUUUGUGCGAGUAAUCCUUAAAUUGGAAUUGUAUUAGGUGUUAAAAUAAAGUUUUUAAAAAAAUAACUUGUAUUUAUACUUUACACAAUUAAUUGUGAAAAUUUCUUAAUUGCAAUUUAUUUCUAGUUUUCAUAAUCUAAAAAAGAUUAGCGGUUAGCAUGCAGAAGCUAUGUAAUCUAUGAUUUCUAUAAUAAUGGUUGGAAAUUGUGUUAAUGGAAUAAGGGAAGGACAUUUUUAAUGUAAAUUCGAAGUGUCAAAUGUAUUUUUCUAAGAUAUUUCUCUGGCUUUGCUUUGACUCUAAGGAUGAGAAAGAAACCUAAUUACAGCAGAUAAAGUGAAAAUAAUGACUAUAGAUGUUUGGAUUGGAAGCCGUGUGACCAAUAUAACUAAAGAGACCUUAAAAUUUCA